CCGGCGGCUCCGCAGCUUCCUCGGCGCCCCCGGCCGCUACCGCUCAGGUGCUGCAGGCACAGCCCGAGAAACCGCAGCACUACACCUAUGUUAGAUACUAAAGAAGGCUUCCCCACAAUCCAUAUGCAUCUGCUUUGACUGGUGGUUUCUAUCAACCUACAAAGACUGUGACUUAUUGGUGAGGGCAGCUGGACAACUCUGAGAGCAACUUAGAGAAAUCCAUCUUGGGCACACUCUAUAAAGGAGCUCCUUCUCUGGAAAUAGCACCCCAGAUAAGUGCACAAAAGCAAGACACCCUCGUGGAACUACUUCUUCCCGCUUUCAACACCCUGAUGCCUGAAGCUAUGCUUGAUACUAAAGGAGGUUUUCCCACAUAUGCAUCUUCUGUAUUUUGAAAUUGCAACUAUGGACAGUUAUGGCUAAUCCUAGUAGAUUGUCUUCCCUUCUUUUAACAUCUUGGAUGAAUUUGGGGCACACUAAUGUGUUAUGUGAAGAUGGAUGUUGAAUCUACUCUACAGAUUCACCCCAGCCAGCCAUCUUAAAAUACCUGCAUGGGCAACGGAGCUAUCUGCAGAGAAAGUUUGGGUAAAAUCAGUGCAUAUGAUAAUAGGUAUCUGAAGGAAUUCCGCACGGAGCAGUGCCCACUCUUUGUGCAACACAAAUGCACUCAGCAUCGGCCCUACACCUGCUUCCACUGGCACUUCGUGAACCAGCGACGCCGCCGGUCCAUCCGCCGUCGGGACGGCACCUUCAACUAUAGCCCUGACGUCUACUGCACCAAGUACGACGAGGCCACAGGCCUCUGCCCGGAGGGCGACGAGUGCCCAUUCCUGCACAGGACCACAGGGGACACUGAGCGCAGGUACCACCUGCGCUACUACAAAACUGGAAUCUGCAUCCACGAGACAGACUCAAAAGGCAACUGCACCAAAAACGGCCUGCACUGUGCUUUUGCCCAUGGGCCCCAUGACCUCCGUUCCCCUGUCUACGACAUCAGGGAGCUCCAGGCCAUGGAAGCCUUGCAGAACGGCCAGACCACAGUAGAGGGCAGCAUAGAGGGCCAGUCGGCUGGGGCCGCAAGCCAUGCCAUGAUAGAAAAAAUCCUCAGUGAGGAGCCGCGGUGGCAAGAGACUGCUUAUGUGCUGGGGAACUAUAAGACGGAGCCGUGCAAGAAGCCUCCACGGCUGUGCCGCCAGGGUUAUGCCUGUCCCUACUACCACAACAGCAAGGACCGGCGGCGGAGCCCCCGGAAACACAAAUACAGGUCAUCUCCAUGUCCGAAUGUAAAACAUGGGGAUGAGUGGGGAGACCCCGGCAAGUGUGAGAAUGGAGACGCCUGCCAGUACUGCCACACCCGCACGGAGCAGCAGUUCCACCCAGAGAUCUAUAAAUCUACCAAGUGCAACGACAUGCAGCAGUCGGGCAGCUGUCCCCGAGGACCUUUCUGCGCCUUCGCCCACGUAGAACAGCCACCCCUCGGUGACGACCUGCAGCCUUCCUCAGCUGUGUCCAGCCCUACUCAGCCAGGUCCCGUCUUGUAUAUGCCCUCUGCUGCCGGAGACUCGGUGCCUGUGAGCCCGUCCAGUCCGCAUGCCCCUGACCUCAGCGCCCUCCUUUGUAGAAACAGCAGCCUAGGCAGCCCAUCUAACCUCUGUGGCUCUCCCCCGGGCUCCAUCAGGAAGCCCCCGAACCUGGAAGGCAUUGUCUUCCCUGGGGAGUCUGGCCUUGCCCCUGGCAGCUAUAAGAAGGCUCCUGGCUUCGAGAGAGAAGACCAGGUGGGAGCCGAGUACCUGAAAAAUUUCAAAUGCCAGGCCAAGUUAAAACCCCACUCACUAGAGCCCAGGAGUCAAGAGCAACCUCUGCUACAGCCCAAACAGGACGUGCUGGGCAUCCUCCCCGUGGGCAGUCCCCUGACCUCAAGCAUCUCUUCUAGUAUCACCUCCAGCCUGGCAGCUACUCCUCCUAGCCCCGCUGGCACCAGCAGUGUCCCUGGCAUGAAUGCAAAUGCUCUGCCCUUCUACCCCACCAGUGACACGGUAGAGUCAGUCAUAGAGUCUGCCCUAGAUGACCUGGACCUGAACGAAUUUGGGGUAGCCGCCCUAGAGAAGACUUUCGAUAACAGCACAGUGCCCCACCCAGGCAGCAUCACAAUCGGCGGCAGUUUGCUGCAGAGCUCUGCACCUGUGAACAUCCCUGGCUCCUUGGGCAGCUCUGCCUCCUUCCACUCAGCAUCCCCAUCCCCUCCUGUCAGCCUCUCCUCACAUUUCCUGCAACAGCCCCAGGGCCACCUGAGCCAGUCAGAAAACACGUUUUUGGGGACCUCAGCAUCACAUGGAUCUUUGGGUCUGAACGGGAUGAACAGCAGCAUCUGGGAGCAUUUUGCCUCUGGAAGCUUCUCCCCAGGCACUUCCCCUGCCUUCCUGUCAGGGCCAGGGGCUGCCGAGCUGGCCCGGCUUCGGCAAGAGCUGGACGAAGCCAACAGCACCAUCAAGCAGUGGGAGGAGUCCUGGAAGCAGGCUAAGCAGGCUUGUGAUGCCUGGAAGAAGGAGGCAGAGGAGGCUGGUGAGCGGGCCAGCGCAGCAGGUGCCGAGUGCGAACUGGCCCGGGAACAGCGGGAUGCGCUGGAGGUGCAGGUGAAAAAGCUACAGGAGGAGCUGGAGCGGCUGCACUCGGGCUCUGACCCACAGGCCCUGCCCACCUUCUCUGACCUGGAGGCCCUCUCGCUCUCCACUCUCUACUCUCUCCAGAAGCAGCUGCGGGCCCACCUGGAACAAGUGGACAAGGCCGUGUUCCACAUGCAGUCGGUGAAAUGCCUUAAGUGUCAGGAGCAGAACCGAGCGGUGCUGCCGUGCCAACACGCCGUGCUGUGCGAGCUCUGUGCCGAGGGCAGCGAGUGCCCCGUCUGCCAGCCAGGCCGGCCCCACACCCUCCAGUCGUGACCCUGCAGGCCUGGCCCGGCCUGGCUCAGAUCUUCUCACCUAGGACUUUUUAAAG